AUUUUUUUUUUCAAAUUAACCACUUGUAUAAUUUAUAUUUAUCAUACUUGCUUUCUUUUCAGGAGAUACAGUGUUAUGUGAUACAUUUAUUUAAGAGGGUACUGAUGAAAUUAUGAUACAGUGAUUGUUGACCUUUCUGCCAGAUUUAUAGUACAGAAAAAUGGACCGAGGCAGGGAAGAUGGAUACCCUAUUGACAGGGGAUGGGCCUGGAUUGUCCUCAUAGCCUGCACCUUUCAGCAGCUGUUAUUGAUUGGGACACACGCCUCAUUUGGAAUUCUGUUUAAUGAGUUCAUGGCUAAGUUUGAUUCCUCUGCCACCAGCAUCUCUAUUGCCCUCUCAAUACAAACUGUAACCCUCAGCCUCUUAGCUCUUCUGGUACUAAACAUUGGUCACAGGCUGUUUUCCUAUAGAGUUUUUGUCAUGUUUGGAGGGGUGAUAGGAUUCUCAGCUUAUAUCCUGAAUGCUUUCUUACCAAACAUUUCCUUCCUGAUUCUUUCUCAAGGAAUUCUUUAUGGAAUGACACAUGCUUUUACCCAUGGACCUUCAUUAGUUAUUCUAGGACAGUACUUCAAAUUAUAUCGAGGAUUGGCUACAACGCUAGCCAAUGUUGGUGCCAGCGUAGGCAUUCUUCUAUCUCCUCUUCUCUUACGGGCAUUGUUAAACACAUAUGAACUUCGUGGAGCUCUAAUAAUACAGAGUGGGCUUCUGUUGAAUUUCUUUGUGGUUGGAGCUCUUUUAAGACCAUUGUCUUUCUAUGAUAAAACAUCAAGAAAAAACUCUAAGACAUCGGAGAGUAAUAAUGAAGAACAAACAGAAAAAUUAUUACAAGAUCAGAAUACAGACACAAACAAUAGCAAACAUGAGGAAAAUGAGAGGUCACAUGCUCAAAUGAAAAAUGGAGGGUCAUUUCCUGUGGAGACAAUUAAUAGCAGUGAACAUCCUCAAGGCGUUCUACAAGGAAUAUCCAGAAAAGACCAUCUUGAACCUUUCAGGAACCGAACAUAUUCUGACAGUCAUAGAGAGACAAAAAAGCGAUUUCACCAUCAGCAUUUAAAGCCAGAAACCCAUCAUUCUACAAGGUCACUGAACAGAAUUAUGGACAAUGUUGCUGUUAGCGGUGAUUUAGCAGUGGCUUCCUGUACAGGAGAUAUUGUUGGUUCUAUGUACAGCAUACACAGUCAGGACACAAGGUUAGACAACAAGAAUAUGAAUGCCGGUGGAGAAGUGAAAACGUCCCAAAAUAAUUGUAUGAAAAUCUUACAAGAAAUCAUAGGUUUCCAUUGCCUGAAAAUAAGAAUAUUUCAAAUCUGGAUGGUUGUAGCUUUCUUUGCUAUCCUUGGGGCAGCACAGAUAAUAACUUACAUCCCACCCCUAGCUGCCGAGAAAGGCAUUGCAGAAAAUGAAAGAGUGUUCCUUCUGACUAUAGUUGGUGCUUCAGAUUUAGGUGGUAAAUUCAUCCUUAUCGUUAUAACAAGAUUCAACAUUGUGCCAAAGGAUCUGAUGAUGGCCGUUGCACUAUGGAUAGUUAGUUUGGUGAUCAUGUGCAUGCCUUUGAUGACUGAGUUCUCUUACUUUGCGACUAUAUCCACAGUAUUUGGAUCAAGUACUGGGGUAUACUUUUCCUUGUUUCCUGCAGUGCUAGCCGAUUUCGUGGGUUUAGAAAAUUUAUCAGGUGCAAUGGGACUUACCAUGCUGACCCAUGGUCUGAGUUUAACAAUAGGAAAUCCUAUUCUAGGUGUGAUCAAGGACAGAACUGGGUCAUUUGAGGGAUCCUUCUUCUAUGCUGGUACCUGUACCAUUAUAAGUGCCACUGCCAUGACGGUCUGUUAUUUCUAUCAAAAGAAAAGGAAUGAGAAACCCGAAAAUCGACAUGACGUCAUAGAGACCAUAGUUGUUACUGAUGGUACUUGUCAGGGAUAGUUUUAAUUUGUUUUGUUUUGUUGAAUAUAACCAUUAUAGGGACUUUGUUUUA